AUGAGUCUGGACGGUCAAGAUAUAGAGGACCUUGUCCAUCUCGCCAGUGACAUUGGUACUGCUCACCAGCAGGUUGAGCAAAGCCCCAGCAUGAUCACAGAGCAGGAACAGAAUGAUCUAGAUCAGUUUCACCAGGAUGCCAAACAAGAGUCCAAAAUCUUGGCUCAAGAAGCUUAUCCCACAAACGACAACAAUAUCCAAGAGUCACCGGAUGUAAGCUCUACUUCGAUCUGGUCUUUCUUGGGUUCUUGUGGAAUAAAUCUUGUUUUGCCUUUCAUCAAUGGUGUGAUGCUUGGUUUUGGCGAGAUUCUGGCCCACGAGAUCGGCUUUAGAUAUAACUGGGCAGGAGCAAAGGUUGUUCCCGCUCAUAGACUUCAGAAUAGGGAGCUUAAAAGAAAGAGCGUUUUGUUGUAA